AUAGCCCUUCUAUUAUACUUAUAGGUGUAUUUAUCAGAUCAUAAAAUGCAGCAAAUCACUGUAUUUGAGGGCAUAGUUGAGUGUAUUUGCAGUUUGUUUGUGUGGUUGCUACUCACGGUUUGGGAGGUUAAAAAAGAACCUCAAUGGUGUUACCAAUGUCAAAGUGAAAGAACAAUGAACUCAUAACUGGAUACACCGGUUCAUACUUCAAAUUCCUCAAGAAAAGAAAGAUACCACCUAAAGUUGAACGUCCUGCAUACACGUCAGUUUCCACAGACUACUCGACAGGUAAGGUGCUCUUAUACUACAAUCUUAAAUAUAACUUGACAUCUGAGUGUGCCGUUGUCAGCCGUAAUGACCGUCUGGGACGUCUUUGACAGCGGCAGAAUAUCAACUAUUUCCGCUAUUUAAUCAGGUUGACUAAUUACAAAUCUUGGUAUUUUAUUAAUAAUAUAUUUUAAAUCCAUGGCGCGUCUGUUCAAGUCAGUUGUCGUUCGACCCAAACGACUCGGACGCCCAAUUAAAAUAAUUAUAUAUACUAUCAAAUAACAGUAAAAUAAUAGCCGAAGAAGGGAGAGCGAAGCUGAAAGAAAGAUGGCGGAGAGGUGUGGACAGGCAAGCCGGGCGUCGCUGCUGAAUACCGGCAGGCAGAGAGACACUCCCUGGAACACAGAGAGGCAAACAAUAACUUCAGAACGACAACGCAAGCAAAAGCACACAUGCAAAGGGGGGCAGCCGUACUAUGUGAACAUCUCCCAUUGAGUUGGUUUACGUGACUCUUUGUGAAAAAAACACUGUUGAAAGAAAUGACUUUCAGAGCAGUUAUGUCCGAAUAUUUUCAGCAACAAACUAAGAUCACAGAGUAGUGAUGAAGUACCAUGGUAACGGACUGAGAAUUUAAGUUCCCCUUGUCUCAGGGUUAUCAUUUUUUUUCAAUAAACCUGCUUGAUAGAACGUGGCCCUGGUGGCCUGGAGGUAAAGGUCUCGACCUCUCCGCCUCUGUACAAUACGUCACAUACACGCUUUGCAAAUUACAAAUGGGGCUCGGAAAUUUAAAAGCACCACGUCAUGAAAUCCUUUCCUCUCACGCAGACAUGGCCUCGGCCAGUGGCCCGCCGUGUGACGCGCAGGCCAUCCUGUGCUCCAUCUGUCUGGACGUGUUCACCGAGCCCGUCUCCACUCCGUGCGGACACAACUACUGCAGGACUUGCAUCACCGGCUUCUGGGCCUCCAGCUGCCAGAUACACUGUCCGCUCUGCAUGAAGAAGUUCCGCCGGAUUCCACAGCUUCAGAUCAACACAGGCUUCAGAGACAUGGUGGAGCAUUUCAAAGGCGUGACGGCGAGGGGCGAGGGCGACGUCCCCGUCGACCCGGGUGACGUCCCCUGCGACAUCUGCCUCGCGCCGAAGCUCAAGGCCCAGAAAACGUGCAUGGUGUGCCUGGUCUCGUACUGCCGGCUUCACCUGGAGCCCCACCACAGAGUCAAGACGCUCAAGAAGCACCAGCUGACGGACCCGGUGUCCGACCUGAAGGACAGGGUGUGUGAGAAGCACGACAAGUUCUUCUGUCGCGAGGACCAGACGUGCGUCUGCUUCAUGUGCCUGGGCGACGACCACGCGGCUCACCGAGCCGUCCCGUUGGAGCACGUUUUCAGAGGGCGGAAAGUCCUGCUGGACCGUGAGACGUCAGUGAUGAAAAUGAAGGAACACGCCAUGUCCAGGGGUAUAAAGGGAGGCAAACACUCAGCUGCGCAGAGCAAGACAGAGUCAGAGAAAGUGAAGGUGACGCUGAAGACCACCAACACUUCCUGGAGUGACCAGUGCUUAAAGUGGUGGUAGUCUCUGUCACAAUCCCAGUAUUUUUUCCCGGUUCAUCUGCUGUGUCUGGUUUGUAUUUGGCAUUGUUCCCGAACGUAGCCUGUUCCGGUUGCAGGCAACGAGUACAAGGCGUCCAGGAUCACCGAUGCCCGCUCCCACACGUUCCAAAUCAGCAAUCAACACAUCUGGUGCUGAUCAUCAUCUACAACACUACCUGAGCCAAGACCUGACAUCCAGUCCCUGCCUGAUUGUUAACCAUAAUUUUACAUUCACCCUGGAUUUCCCAUCACUCCUGCCUGGCAACCGCAACCUUCCACCACAUCGCUUCAUCACCGGUAUCCACCUGUCUACACGUCUGGAAUACUCACCUUCGCAAUAUUUGCAUCUGACCAGGAGAUGGCAGCAUUCUCUCACCUGAGUAAAUAAGGAAUGAUAAAUUCCAUCUUGUAUCUCAAAUAGCUCUUGAUAGGUUUAAGCUUUAUUGAUUUGACAAUCCACAGAAAAAUAAUCUCCAAUUAAUUUCUUCCACUACAAAGCUGCCAAAAAUCUCUUGUUACAGUUCCUCAAAUGCAAACAUUUGGGCAUUUUCGUAGGUUAAUGUAAUAGUAGACCUAAUAGUAGGCACGAAAUAUAUAUUUAGUUUUGAACUCUUGUUAAGUCAAAAGCAUUUUUUAAAUAUAUUACCUUUGGCUUUUCUGAAUUGUGAUGAAUAUUUUUGAAGGUCCUGUUAUUAAUCGAGGUAUCAAGGUAUCGAGGUUCAUGGUCUCAUGCACACCGCGACUACUUUUUCUCACCUCAUAUUGUCAAUAACAGUUCAACAGUCAAUAUUCUAACAAUUGUAAACAUACACUAUGUGUUUUUUUUAUGUUUUGACUCCAGGGUGAGCAAUCCACUCUUAAUGUGAGCUUCUACUUCAUGCCGAGGGCAAAAUGAUACAUAAUUUUCUGUUCUGAAUGUGCUCUAAUAUGUGUUCAUACAGCUGUAAUAAAAAAAAGGGCCUUGAGUGCU